GCGAAGAUUAGCAAAAGAGUUGUCCCAAAUUUUUACAAAAAAAAGAAAAAGAAGAAUACUUUGCUUUCUCCAUAUGACAAAACAUACUUCUCCCAUAGACUCUGCUUACACCUUUAUAUAAGAUUGCUCAAAUUCUAUUCAUCCAUCAGAGUCAUUCUUCAAAAAUCCUAUUCUCAUCGCUCUUGAAUUAAACUUCCGCUUGCUCUUUGAAAGUCUUGGCAAUGGCAGUGAAUGUUGAUGCAGAGUACCUGAAAAAGAUAGAGAAGACUCGUCGAGACCUUCGAGCUCUUAUCUCUUCCAGAAGCUGUGCUCCUAUCAUGCUCCGUCUUGCAUGGCACGACGCGGGAACGUAUGAUGCCAAGAAGAAAACCGGAGGCCCCAAUGGAUCUAUUAGGUUCAAGGAGGAGCUAAACCGCCCGCACAACAAAGGUUUGGAGAAAGCAGUCGCCUUCUGCGAGGAAGUAAAGGCUAAGCAUCCGCAAGUCUCUUAUGCAGACCUUUACCAGCUCGCUGGAGUUGUUGCAGUAGAGGUUACUGGUGGCCCUGCAAUCCAAUUUACUCCAGGCCGUAAGGAUGCUGGUUCGCCAGACGAAGGAGAACUUCCAGAUCCAAAUCAAGGUGCCUCACAUCUAAGAACUCUCUUCUCUCGUAUGGGUUUAUCGGAUAGAGACAUUGUUGCUCUCUCUGGAGGCCACACUUUGGGACGUGCGCAUAAGGAGAGAUCAGACUUUGAAGGUCCCUGGACACAAGAUCCUCUCAAGUUUGAUAACUCAUAUUUCGUAGAGCUUCUAAAAGGGGAGACGCCUGGAUUGCUACAGCUGAAAACCGACAAGGCUCUACUUGGUGAUUCCAAGUUCCACCCUUAUGUUGAGUUGUAUGCAAAGGACGAGGAUGUGUUCUUCAGAGACUACGCAAUCUCACACAAGAAACUCUCGGAACUAGGAUUCAAUCCGCCGAGAAAAAUUCCUGCAGCAGUGACGCAGCAGACGCUUGGAAUCGCUGUCACUGCAGCUGUUGUGAUCUUUACCAUAUGCUACGAAACAAGCAGAAGAGGCAAGUGAGGGAGAUUUCACAGAUGUGAAAAGAGUGGAGAGAACAAAUGUACUACUGUUAACUGAAUGAAUGCAAUAAAAAAACAAAGAUUCAUGCGUUGUUACUUUCAAGUUUCAUUGCUCCAAGUUUCUGGAUGUUAUACAGCCUCAUAACAUUA